GAAAUUUGGUGUCUGACAUAAUUUGGUCAUCUGAAGUGUAGGAAUAGUACAACUGUACUAUACAAGUAAAGCGAGCUGACAUAACAGCGAUACCGAUGUUGAAGGUUGAAGGUUGAAGAGAAGAGACGAAACUAAUUGAAGAAGAAGAAGAUGAUGAGAGUCAGAGAGCUAAACAAAAAUGUGUUUUAGACUAUAAACAUAGACAUAAUCCAAUGCUACGAUCUCGGCGGCGCUCCCCUUACGGCGCCUACUUCUGCGCCGUAAUCGCCGCCAUCCUCCUCCUCCUCUCCGUCUCACUCCUCUACUCUCGCCUCUCUCGCUCCCACCCUCACUCCAACCACCUUCCCCAACCCAUCCUCCUCUCUCAUGACACCGAUCUCUCGGCCCCCGACGACCCCAUCGACGAACUCGACUUCAUCGACGAACAACAAGACCACCAUCCUCACCUCAACCCUUCCCCCUUCUUCUUCGACCCUCUCUCCGCCGCCAUCCGCCGCUCCUUCCUCCCCUCCUCCCUCCACCAAUGGGACUCCCUCUCCGACGACUUCUUCCCCCUUCGAUCCGCCCCCGACCACCGGUCCAAGGCCGCCUUUGCCUCCGACGACCUCCCCGUCGACGGCCUCCUCAGGACCACUGCGUCUCACGUCACCGCCAUCGAGGAUGCGCUUCUGCUAAAAAACUCUCACCUCAGAGAAGGCUGGGGCGAGUGGUUCGACAAGAAAGCCUUGUUUCUGAGAAAGGACAGAAUGUUUAGGUCCAAUUUCGAUGUCCUGAAUCCCCUCAACAACCCCUUGCUUCAAGACCCCGACAGCGUCGGCGUCACUAGCCUCACCCGCGGUGACCGCAUUCUGCAAAAGUGGUGGAUUAACGAGUUCAAGAGAGUUCCCUUCCCUGGUCACAAGAAGAUUCCAAUUAGUGUCACCAAAGCAGGAACAGAGAGAAGGACUUUGAAUGAUAAUAAUGAUGAUGAUGAGUUUGUUAAGAAAGAUAUGAAUUCUGUUGCCAAUGGCGAUGAAAUUAGAAUUAAGGAAAAUGUCAUUGAUGAUAGGCGUGACUUUCAGAACAAUCAUAUAUAUGCGGAUGGGAAUAGUUGGGGGUACUAUCCUGGAUUGCCUCUGCAUUUGUCGUUCAAGGACUUCAUGGAAGCCUUUUUCAGGGUUGGUAAAUGCGUUACGAGGGUGUUUAUGGUGUGGAAUUCACCGCCUUGGAUGUAUACGGUGAGGCAUCAGCGCGGCCUUGAGAGUUUGCUCUUUCAUCAUCCCGGUGCUUGUGUUGUGGUAUUCUCUGAGACGAUUGAGCUUGAUUUCUUCAAAGAUAACUUUGUCAAGGACGGUUAUAAAGUUGCUGUUGCUAUGCCGAAUCUUGAUGAGCUGCUGAAGGAUACGCCAGCUCAUAUAUUUUCUUCUGUUUGGUUUGAAUGGAGAAAGACAAAGUUCUAUUCUACUCAUUACAGUGAGCUUAUCCGCCUUGCUGCUCUGUACAAGUAUGGUGGGACCUAUCUAGAUUCAGAUAUCAUAGUUUUGAAGCCAAUUUCUUUUCUUAAUAAUUCUGUUGGUAUGGAGGAUCAUGGUGCUCAAAGUGCUUUGAAUGGUGCUGUGAUGGCUUUUCGAAGGCACAGUUUGUUCAUAAAGAAGUGCUUGGAAGAGUUCUACAUGACAUAUGACGAUACCAGUUUGAGAGGGAAUGGUGCUGAUCUUUUGACAAGGGUUGCCAGAAAAUUUUUGGAAGAGGAGAAUAAAUCUAUUAAGCAGUUGGAGUUGAAAGUGGAACCCUCUUAUAUCUUCUUCCCUAUUAGUUCUCAGAACAUCACAAGAUACUUUAUUGCACCGGCAACGGAGCCUGAGAAAGCUGUACAAGAUGUUCUGCUUGAAAAAAUCCUGCAUGAGUCAUUGACAUUUCAUUUCUGGAACAGCUUUACAUCUGCUCUUAUCCCAGAACCAGAUAGCCUUGUGACUAGGCUUAUGAAUUAUGCAUGUAUCCGAUGCUUGGAAUUACUGUGAAUGUCAACUACACUAUUCUAUAUUGAGAUUUCAUGCAAAUUGCAGUCCAGAAGACAUUGGCAGGUUCUUGUUCAUGUAAUUGUACAAUUUUAUUGUAUCUUUGUAGUGAAUUACCAGGUUGAAGCCCCACUACUAGGAGAGAUCUAAGAUAUACUGAAAACGUUAUAGAACAAAACAAGUGUUAUCUAAUGAUCCUGACUUAUUAUUUCUAACAAUGUAUUAUACAUUAGAGAUGCAUUGUGCAUCACUGCACAAUUUUGGUGGAAUUGCAAUGGAUAAGUGAUUUUUUUAUUAGUCAGUAAAGAAACAGAGUAUGUUAUUAUUAAUUUCUU